UGUGAUCUAAAAGCACCGGGAAAUGCUCUCUGAAAGGAGCAGCUUCCAUGAUUAUGGGGAUAGGGAGCGUGAUAGUACAUAGAGGCGAAAUAUCUCCAGCCAAUAAGAAAAUUGAACCCUGGGGGUAGAACUGGAAGCCAUUUGCUCUAAAAUAAGGAAGAUGAUGGUGUUUGAGUGCUUUUUGCCAAUCGGAGUUAUUUUCUCCCACCAACCCCCACCCCGUCUCCUGUGGCUUUUAGCCACAAUAAGGACCUUUCUUAUUCUCCAUGUCCUUCACCCUUUAUAAAAAAAUGGUGGAGAGGGUAUUCUGUGGAAUUGAGUCAUCCAGAGUCUAAGGAAUAUCACUGGUGGAUGAAUGGAGCCUGGAUAGCUGAGCAGACUAAUGCAUUGUAAUUUAACUCCAGCUGCCUGCAAUUACUGCGAGUUCAAUUCUCACCAGGCUCAAGGUUGACUCAGCCUUCCAUCCUUUCUAAGAGCUGCAAAGGUCGCAAAUGUGAGGAUUGAUUGCAAGAUUACUUUUUUAUCACUAUCAUAAUUGUGAAUGGUCACUAAACAAGGACUACAAUAUGCUGUCGUUUCCUCCUGGAUAGAUUUUCCAUAUAGAUGCACCCGAGGAAAAGAAAAGAGAGAAGCAAAAAAGGGAAGAGUUAAAAAUAGAGAAAGUAAUAUCUGCAGGGGCCUUCCUUUCAAAUUCCAUAAACGAAACAAGAUGAUUAUAGAAUGGAUCCCCAUCUGGAAGCUGUUAUGCACAUUGUUCAGCAACAUAAAAAUGGUGACCGCACUGCCUGCUCCUUAGUGAAUUAGAGUCAUAUCCUGAAACAAGCAAAAUAACAGCAAGAGUGGAAAUUCAAGCUUGAAAACUGGAAGCAAAGCAGAUGAUUUUAAUAAUAGGAUUCAAAAUUCAUCAGACCCGUUGGAGAACAGGACUUUCUUUAUCUUCAAACUAAUGUAGACAAUCUAGUUUCAUCCAGGGCAGUCUUUGUGAUCCAAAAAGUCGUGUUUCAAAAAUGAUUCUAGAAAAGUGCUUCAGACUUUGCACAAACAUGAAUGGAGCACUUUUGUACUAUUUAUUAAAUCUGAGUUUUGGGGAGCAUCCCAAAUUUCUGACAGAGAAACUUUUAAAAAGGCAGGCUGCUUUAAUAAGUAAUGGAGAAGCGCUGUGCUUGCCCUUGCAUCAGGUCUGGCACUGGUGAUGUUACCUAGUUUGGAUAAUGAAACCCCUGCAAGAAAACAGUCAAGCUGAGAUUCUUCUUUCCCCUGUCACACUGUGUUAUAAGAAGUUGCACUAGCUGAGAUUCGUGUUUUCCUGUAGCACCGUGAAGCAUACAGUCUUUAGGAUUGUUUGCUGUCUAGACUGAAGAUGCCAACCAAUGGGAUCCACCAGGCCUUGAAGAUCCAGUUUGGCUUAAUCAACUCUGAUAAUCGCUAUUUAACAGCAGAGCACUUUGGCUAUAAAAUCAAUGCCUCGGCACCGAGUCUGAAAAGGAAGCAAAUAUGGAGCCUGGAACAGGACGGAGACAGCUCGGUGGUCUUCUUAAAGAGCCACCUAGGUAGGUACCUGUCUGCCGACAAGGAUGGCAAGGUCUCCUGUGAAGCUGAGAAGCCAGAAACGGAUGGGUGUUUUAUCAUUGUCACUCAGUCAGACGGACGCUGGGCGCUCCAGUCAGAACCGUACAAGCGCUUCUUUGGUGGUUCUGAAGACAGGUUGUCCUGUUUCGCCCAAACCAUUACUGAAACUGAGCUCUGGAUUGUACACUUGGCCAUCCACCCCCAAGCUAAUCUUUUGAGCGUUAGCAGGCGAAGGUAUGCUCACCUCAGUGCCCAAGAGGAUGAGAUCUCUAUAGACAGCAACAUCCCUUGGGGUGUGGAUUCGCUUAUCACCCUUACCUUCCAGAACAAGAAGUAUUGCCUACGAACCUGCGACAAUCGCUACCUGCGCAACGAUGGCACCUUGGUCCAGGAGCCUGACCGCCAUUCAGGUUAUACCCUGGAAUUCAAGGCAGGGAAGUUGGCCUUCAAGGAUUGUGAUGGGAAAUACCUAGCACCGGUGGGACCUACGGGCACUCUAAAAUCUGGCAGGAGCUCCAAGCCAGGGAAAGAUGAACUCUUUGAUCUGGAAGAGAGUCAUCCACAAGUGGUUUUCAUGGCUUCCAAUGGCAGAUACGUCUCCAUCCGUCAAGGUGUUAAUGUCUCGGCCAAUCAAGAUGAAGAGACACACCAUGAGACCUUCCAGAUGCAGAUUGACAAAGAAACCAAGAAGUGCAUUUUCCAUUCCAACACAGGCAACUACUGGACCUUAGUGGCACAUGGAGGGAUUCAAGCUAUGGCUACUGAAAUAUCCGCCAGCACUAUGUUCGAUCUUGAAUGGCGUGGUCGCCGUGUUGCCCUUAAAGCUAACAAUGGCAAAUACAUCUGCACCAAGAAGAAUGGGCAACUGGCAGCUGUCAGUGACAGAGUGGGGAAAGAUGAAGAAUUUGUUCUCAAGCUGAUCAACCGACCCAUUCUAGUUCUUCGUGGGGCUCAUGGCUUUGUUUGUUACCAUCGCAACUCCAACUUGUUGGAUGCCAACCGUUCCAUCUAUGAUGUCUUCCACCUCAAUUUCAAUGAUGGUGCUUACCAGGUCAAAGGCUUCAGUGACAGGUUCUGGUACGUGGCUAGCAAUGGCACCGUGUGCAGCGAUGGUGAGACGUCUGAGGACUUCUUCUUUGAGUUCCGCGAGUGCAGCCGGGUGGCCAUUAAAGGGAAGAAUGGCAAAUACUUACGAGGAGACCCAGCUGGAAAUCUGCGGGCUGAUGCCGAUACCCUAAACUGUGCGACAUUCUGGGAGUACUGAGCCUCUCCCACAGGGUUUGAGAUGCUCCAGGGCUCAGAGUGGCAUGUGAGGGGAAGGUGAGUUCUGGCACCUGGACUCGAGGGGCCUUAAGCUUCCAUACCCUGCAAGGAAAAAGAUGGCUCAGGAUAGAGGAACCUCUUCACCUAGGGGUAUUUUAUUUUAUUUUUUGUCUUCCUUGCCUAAGUUUAGACGUGACACACUAGUAAGGCUCCUAGAAGGAGGUUACUGUGCUGUGUCUGACUAAGUCACAGAGGUUGUAUUUCCCUUCCAGUUUCCCUAGGACAUCCUUGUUUUUUUCCUCCAGAGGUGUCAUACCUUACAAGACCUCUGAUGUAGGAAUGUCAAUGUUCCAGAAAACGUGGGUAUGCAAAACAGAGGAGACACGACAGUUUCAGGAUUCAUUGCAAAUGUGGAAAGUCAGCUCCUUCUAGCCGGAUGCAAUAACUGAAGACACAGGUUAGGGGUGCUCCCAAUUCCCAACAUAAUAAAGGCUUGUGUAGUUAUUUGGCCCUUAAAAUCUGGUUUUUUAAAGCUAAGUAGCAAUAGGCUCAGGACGUUCCUAUAUUCUCUGCUCUUGGCAGUUUCAGUCAAGGCCUGCAAUAUGUUUAAUAUAUCCUGAAUUUCCAGAUUACUUUUGUUUCUAGGAGCAGCUCUUUUGAAUCAAGCCCUUCCCACAUUUAAUAUCCUGACUCAAGAGGUUGUAGCCAAAGAUGGAAGGAAUUUGGUUGUGUGUGGCUGUUCUCUCAGCCCAAAUAUCACAGGGUGGUAUUGUGAGGAAAAACAGAGAGAGAGCGAUAGAGCACACUAUGUAUACCCCUUUGAGCUGAUGUUAUAAAAAGUGGGAUUCAAAUCUGAUGAAAUAAAGGCAAUAAACACAUAAAA